AGUUAAUCAAUCACAAUAAAAACCCUUUUAGGACACCAGAAUUAAACUAGGCCACAGUAUGGACCUUCUGUAAGGCCCUAUAGCACAUUUUAUCAUUAACAGAAAAAAAGUCAAAAAAGAAGAAUAUUGAAGUCUGAAGAAAAGAAGAAGAAUAGAAGAAAAGAAGAAUCGGUCUGUCUAUGUUCUGGGACUUGCCCACAAUACUAUGUCGUAUGACAACUGCUGUGACAUCAGAGAUCAACCACCAUACACAGCUGGUUUGAGAGUCCAACAGUAACGCAGGCGUAUCUCGCUGAAUAUUGGACCUAUGCAUAUGCAUAUGCCUUGAACUGUAGGCUGCUAAAAAGGCCCACACAUAAAAAUGGAUCGUUUCUAGGUUCUAAAGUUCUGUGUUCUAAAGUACACACUUUCAGUCUUGUCCCUUAGGAUAAAGGCAGCAGGUUUGAGUUCAUGGGUAACCACAACUAAAAGUCUAUCACCAGAGAAAUUCUGAAUCUACUCUUAUCGAGAGUUUUGGGAAAGGGUGUGAAACUAAACAAAUGGCACAAGCCAGUGAUGACUUCAUUCACCGGACGCAGGCGUGCGUAAACUCAGAGAAUAUCCCCUGGUUACGCUCGCGCCCCUGUUACCAGGAAGCUUCCACUGAUAACAACGCUAAAUACACCGGUGCAGCUAGGCACUGUAGUAAAAUCCCAAGAACAGCAAGUUCAUGGCCUUUAAAACAGACAGAUUAAGGGAUAGGCAUAGUCUUGCAUCGCCAGUCGUGCGUACCCCACGCAAACAAUUGCCUUACAAGCUCUGACGGUAACGUUAGGUUAUUUUAUAUGCAAACAGUUGGUUAGUUAGCCAUUGGGACUAAGUUACACUUACAGUAGAAAGAAAAAGCCUGUCGGUCGGUGUGUGUAGCUCAGUGGAGAGGAUGGAGGUGAGUGGGCUGUGUUCGGAGGUGUUUGAGGGGCUUGGUCCAGAUGAGAUGAUGUCACAUGGCUCCACCCUCUCCCUCACCCCUCUCAUCCCCCACAGUUCAGCAUCCUUACGCCGAUCAUCACCCCAGAGUAUCCCUCUCAGAUCCAGAAAAGAGACCAAGGCCACCCAAGCCCCCAGCAUACCCAACCCCUUCCCAGAGCUCUGUAGUCCCUCCAACUCACCCGUUCUGAUUAGCUCCUUGGUCGGAAAGAGUGCGCCGUCUGAAAAGGACUGUCAUGUUGUUCGGGUAUAUGGUGAAGAUACCCUGGGCCGGUCGUUAUCCGUGUCGUCAGGGGCAACGGCGCGGGACGUGUGUCAGAUGCUGGUGCAGACUGCCCACUGUAGUGACCAGGAGAGCUGGGCCCUUAUCGAACUCCACGCCAGCCUAGGCCUGGAGCGCUGCCUGGAAGAUCACGAACGAGUAGUGGACGUGCAGUCCUCCUGGCCUGUAGAUGGCAGCACCAAGUUACUUUUCAGGAAGAACUACGCCAAAUAUGAGUUCUUCAAAAAGCCCAUGCUCUUCUUCCCUGAAAGCAUGAUCUCUGACAGCUCUGAUUGCACUAAGGGUGUGACUUCAUCAGAACUUGUACAGAAGCUCCUGCAGUCGGGGGCGUGUCCUGAGAUCCAGGGCUUCCUGCACGUGAGGGAGGGGGGGCGGAAGGUCUGGAAGAGAGUCCACUACUUCCUGCGCCGCUCCGGACUCUACUGCUCCAACAAGGGCUCCUCAAAGGAGCCUCGGCAUCUACAGUAUGUUGCAGAUCUGGCCGACCUAAACAUCUACACUGUCACCAACAGCCGCAAGCUGUACAUGGCACCCACUGAACACACUUUCUGUGUCAAGUCUAGGGGUGAGCGUGCCCGUUCUCAGGACAUGAAGCUGCUCUGUGCUGAAGAUGAACAGAGUAGGACCUGCUGGAUCACUGCCUUCAGGCUCUUUAAGUAUGGAAAGCAGCUGCAGUGCAAUUAUCAGCUCUCCCAGUCCAGCGUGAGACCGCAGGUGCCCCCGCGUGACGCCAAGGCCAGACAGGCAGAGGACUCUAUGGUUGCCAUGGAUUUCACAGGGAAGAAUGGCGGCCGCGUCAUCCAGAACCCCAAAGAGGCCGAGAAUGCCGAGCAGGAGGAGGGACAGGCGUGGAGGAAGAGAGAGGCCCUACGCAACAGUCUGCCUAACGUGCCACAGAGCUCGCGGCCUUCUUCUGUGCAUCAGACCCAGCCCUGGUUCCAUGGAGGCGUCUCUCGCUGUGAAGCCCAGAGACUGAUUGAGGAGCAGGGGCAGGUAGAUGGGAUGUUCCUGAUCCGGGAGAGCCAACAGCAUGCCCAGUGUUUUGUCCUGUCGCUGUGCUACAAACUCAAGACCAAGCAUUAUCUCCUGAUCCCUUUUGAAAAGGCAGGCAGGAAGUACUACACCAUGGACGACGGGGAUACGGUCUUCAUAGACCUGCUGCAGCUGGUGGAGUUUCACCUGAUCAACCGUGGCAUCUUACCAGUCCGCCUCAAACACCCUUGUGUGCGGGUCGCCCUCUGAACACACCCACACACACACACACACACACACUGCCCACACCCUUUCCUUUAAU